CUUCUAGCAAUAAAUCAUAUACUAAUUUCCAUAUAGAAAUAAAACUGACGAUGUCAAAUACAAUAAACUUAGUCUAUUAUACUAUUAACAAUAGAAUCAUCUGUUAAUAUAUGAUACAAUCAGAUUAUUCACAAGUAAAUACCGAACUGUUUGUUCGAUUAGGUUCUCGUAUUCUAGCAAAAAUAAUCAUAUAAAUACAGUAAAAUCUGUACUAGAUUAUGAACGAUCUCAGACUUGACGGAGUGAUUUUUGCUUGAAAUGACUCUCUCUAAUGUGAACAUCUCCAUAUUCUGAACAGUGAACACUUUUUCGUAGUCUCUCUUGCUAUUAUCACCUCUUUAGAGUGAACAAAUGUGCAAUGGGUUUUUUUACCUCUUUCUUAUGUAGUACAACGAAGUACAUUUUAUAUAUGAGAGUUAUUGAUAUAGAUAUAAAGAUACACUUGCAUUCAAUAAAUGAUUCGAUAAAUGUGUAUGUCUGGUAUUAUAAAAAUCAAAGAUUGAGCUCCCUCUAUUUAUUUGCAUACAUUUUAAAUGACUAUUGACGAAAGAUUAUCUACUUGAAAUAUUAUUUAAAUAUUCCAUAAUCAUUUUAGAUUGGUGAAAGAAAAAGGAGAAAAUGCAAACAUGCGCAGAACAAUUAUCUAUUGAAAUAUGACUUAUGAUUUUUCAAUAUUUGGAAGCACAUAAUCUUUUUCAUGCAUUUCAUAAUUUAAAUAAUUAUUUUAAUCAAAUAUUUACUUCUAAUUAUCUUUUGUUCUUGUAUAAUACAUCUUCAAUCGCUUGUUAAAUCUUGAUCUAAUUUUUUUUUUGAAUUUCUUCAUUGGCAUGUUAAUAAAUUAAUUCGCUUACAAAGUUUAUCGAUUAAAAUAUGUUCACGAGAUAUACAAUAUAUACCAUUGAUUUGUUAAGCUUUAAAACAACUUAAUGUUCUUGAAUAUUUGUCUUUGACAUGUAUACCAGAUCGAAUCUUAUUCAAAACAAUAUUAACUAUUCCAAGAUUACGUAUAUGUCAGUUAACAUUUCGAGAAUCAACAACAAUAAUCAAUUAUCAUUUCGAUGUAAAUAGUAAUAUUGAACAACUUUUUCUUAUUUAUCUUAGUAAUGUAAAUUAUUCGUUCAUUAAUCUAUUUUUAAUUCAUACACCAAAAUUAAAACGACUUGAAAUUUCUGGUUCUUAUUUUAGUUUUGAUCGAAUAUCAAUAUUUGACAAGCAAUUAUAUAUACUUCCGAAACUUCAAAUUCUCAAACUUAAAAUAGACAGUGGUUAUUUUACAUCGUAUUGUUUUAAAUGUUUAUAUAUGAUGAUGCCUGUUUUAAAUUAUUUUUAUUUUAAUUAUCAUAAACAUAUUUUGCCUGAAACAUUUCUUGACAUUUUCAUUUCUCAUUGGUGGUCAAUCAUCGAACAAAUUCAACAUAUCGAUAUUUAUAUUAAAGGUCAUUUAAUUAUUGAUACUACUAACGAUAGUAUGCAGAUCAAUUUUUGA